UACACUCAUAGAAUAAUUAGGAUGACCGGCACUUAGGGUUUUUUAAGACCCACUCCUCCGCCGGCGUUGACCGCCGCCACCACACCGAUAAUCUCCCUCCGACAUCCGCAACCAUCAUUGCAACCAUCACACCGCCACCUUCUCUGUGCCGGAAACCACUGGUCUUGACGCAACCGUUCUCACAGUCGUCCGACAGCCAUAGCCACCGCUUCUGUCAUGCCGGCCACCGCCUUCCGUCACGCCACCGGCCACCAGUGCACCAUCCUCUCCCUCCGUUCUCUGCUCUCCCGACCACCAUCCGCCUCUCUAACCAGUCAAUGUCUCCCCUUCUCCGAUCCGUCCAGACGCCAGAACUACGAGGGGCCGGUCACCACCUCGCAGAUCUCUGUCUCUCAUCCUCUCGCCAUCCACCGCGACCAUGUCUCCUCCUUUGAUCUCCGUUGGAGAAAACACAUGACUCGACCCCCCAUCUCACUUCUCUCUCUGCCAUCGAAUUCCACCAUUGCCGAUGCCUUUGGCCAGUGCCACUGCUGGGGUCAUACGAGGAUACAUCGGCAUAUGACUGGAAGAUAGGGGUUAACAAAGUGGUGUUGGGAAGCUCGAACAAGCAUUGUGUUUAUACGGGAAGGCGCAACACUCUAGACAUCAUUUGACAAGGACUUGAAAGAUUGCUCAAGUAGUUAUAGAGGAAGAUGCAAGGGAAAGAGACGGCUAAAGAUGAAGAGGCAAUACCUAUGACAGGGGCAAUGCAUGUGACUCCUAUGUCCUUCAGACUCGAUGAAAGCCAUCUCAUACACACUGUGGAGACUGAUGAGAGCCUCGAGUUAGAACUGGAAGUGGCAAAGUCUAUGAGAAAAGAAGAGAUUGAGGAAGCGGCAAAGUCUAUAAGAAAAAAAGAGAUCAAGGAAGUGGCAAAGUCUAUGAGAAAAAAAGAGAUCGACGCUGCUGUUGCGAAGUUAUCCUUGGAGGAGAGGAAGUGUGGGUGGAUCGAACAACCAAAAAAACGCAGUAACGGAAAAACAACUGACAAAUACUAUUAUCAUAUAGAAACAGGAGAGAUGUGCAGAUCUCUUAUUGAGGUGUACAACUUCAUUAAGGAGGGCAUUCCUAUUCGGUCGAUGAAGAAAUUCAAAAGCACACUUGAAGAAGCUUCUAGUGUUAAGAAGAAAAGAGGAGCAUCGCUUUUGAAGAAAAUUGUAGCAGGCUCCUAUGAUUUGGUGACAAAAUCAAUUUGUCUAGACCAAGGGUUUAAGGCUUCAAGUGAAGGCAUGUCUGCUGAUGUGGUUAUGAAACCUCCAGAUGUUGUUCCAGGCCAAAAUGACCCAGCAGCAGUUAACGAAGCUGCAGAUGUUUUAGCUGAGAAUGCCCAAGUGGUGCCGUACAUCAUAUAUGAGUUUCUUUGAGAUUGCCUUCAAGGGUCCCUCUGGGCAAAGGAAUUAAAGCUCAUUUCAUAUAUAUAUAUAUAUAUAUAUAUAUAUAUUUGAACGCAUGUUGAUGAAGGGUGUUUUUUGUGAGCAAACCCUCCAUGGUUGUGAUAAUAAUGUGUAUUUUGAACUUUUUAUUGCCUUUUUGGUGGUGGUUUUAGUUAUCCUGGUGUCUCGUUGUUGAUGGUGUUUAUUUUAUUUUAUUUUU